UAUUUCCCUCUCAACGAUGACUGAUAACAGCCGCUCUUCUGCGAUUGUUUUAUUUACGCUUGGUUCUUUAGAGUUCGGGUUUUAGCAGGUUUAAUUGCUAUAUAGGCGAUCCACAGGUCUUGUUUAUCGGUCCAAAUAUACAAAAUCACUCCCGAGGGACUCGGAACGAAAAACGCGACCGGUUCGGUGAACAAUUCGUAGCACAAUAAAACUAAAAACAGCUCUCUCAAUCAAUUGAAAUAUUCUCAUUCUCUAAUUCUCGAUUCGCGUGUGCGCAGCUCUACUUUGGCUUAACCCCUAUCCUGUUAAGUGGAACCGAACAGACCUCUCAAAUAAUCAUCAUGAAUGACAACUUUGAUCUGCUGCGUCUGCCAGAUGAUGUCCUUAUCCUUAUUUUUGGUAGUCUGGAUCGGCGCACCCAACUGAUGUUGACCGGCUUAGCUUCCCACUUCAUGCAGAUAAUGCCCCAAGUCUGGCGAUCUAAGUACAGAUCCCUCAAGCUGUCGGGGGAAAGUUGUGUUAUGUGCGAAAUGAAUUUCGAGCUUUUUUUGGGAAGCCUGCGGAGCACUUUACGUGUGCUGGUAACGGACAGUCUGCCCCGAAUAAACUACGACAUUCUCUUUGGCUUUGUGUUCCCCAAUCUAUAUGAAUUUGGUUGCGAAGCAUAUUGUUUAGAUGAUUCAGAUAUCCCCAAAAUGAUUAAAGCAUUUCCCAACUUGAGAAUCUUCAGACCCCGAGGGCAGUUUACUGGCAAAUACAUGGACGAAUUUCCGUUAUUGGAGGAUUUAACGGUGACCAGCAAGUUCCAGCCCACCUAUUUUAUUCAGAUCCUUAAGACUCAAAAGCUUAAGCGUCUAAGAUUCCAAAACCCUCUUACUGAGGAGAUGAAAGCAAUCGGUCUGCCUCUCGAAAGCUUGAAAAGCCUAGAGGUCUUGCAGUGCUACAGUGGUGAACUGGAGAGAUGGUUUCUAACGAAGCUGGAACAUCUUACUUACUUGAAGCAGAUUAUUCUAUGUGAUUCUCCAUGCAGCAUCGACAAUGUGCUGCUGUAUGCAAAACGAAGAAAAAUCAAAAUGAUAGAAAUAACGGCGAGCUGGUUUUUGGUUCAUGUUCCAAACCUUAAUGUUCAAUGCAAGACCUUGAAGGUGAUAUCUUAUCGUAUGUGUUCAUAUAAUGGGUGCUUUGAAAAUAUAACCGAAGUAUUUGCCAUGAAUUGUUUUAUCGAAAACGAGGAGGUAUUUCAAGCAAUGUUGCAAAAUUUAAAGACAUGUGAGAUCCUGGGGCUUUUGUGCUGCCGCUUUCGAUUUAGAGAAUUUACAUUUAAGGCACGGGAGAUUGGCGUGAACCGUCGUACAAAACUUAAUCUCCAUUUGGAAAAAAAAAGGGCUGGAAAUACCAAGGCUGGCUUAUUAAGCCUGCCAGACGAUGUCCUAAUUCUCAUCUUCCAAUAUCUGGAGUUGCCCACCCAGCUGAUGUUGACAGACUUUCAUCCUCGUUUCCUGGAAGUAAUGCCCCAUGUCUGGCGUUCUCGGGAUAAAUCUGCUAAUCUCUCCCUGAUCGAAAUGCAUCUGAGCGACAAGGAUCUUCGUUUCUUCCUGGAAAGCACUCAACGAUCGCUCAAUGCUCUACGAUUGAAGAUGGAAAAACAAUCAAACUUUGAUAUUUUCACCGACUAUGUGUAUCCGAAUAUGAAAGAUUUUCGCUUUUCAACGCAUUCGUUUUCGUUGAAUGACUCUGAUUUACCGAAAAUGAUUAGGAGUUUACCUAAUUUGACGACUUUCAGUCCUUAUGGAAAGCUUACAGGGCAACAUUUUGAAGAAUUCGAAUUUCUGGAGAACCUAACGCUUUCGUAUUGCAGCAAAAUGCAGGUCAGCAAAUUGAUCGACAUUCUGAAAGUCAGAAAGUUAAAAAGUCUGAAACUAGCCCUUUUUGAUGAGAAUCACACCCAGAUGACCGAUUUGCCCUGGGAAGGGAUAAAAAACCUUGAGUUGCUGCAGUGCUACACCUGGGAAUUGGAGAACUGGUUCCUACCAAAACUGGGAGCUCUUAAGGACUUGAAGCAGAUCAUUCUAUGUGAUCACGAUGUGGAUGGUUUUCUCCAGAGAAUCCUGAUGUCUGCAAAUCGGAGUAGUAUCAAAAUGAUCGAGAUAAAUGCGGGAAUGCCUUUUUUCCAUGUGAUUAGUCUAAAUCUAAAUGUCCCUUGUAAGAUAAUGAAGGUGGCAAGUUAUCAUUUUUAUUCAUACGCAAGUUGUUUUGAAAAUAUUUUUGAAGUUCAUUUAAUAAGGUGCCACUUCCCCAAGAAGGCUGCCUUUGAAAAUAUGAUGCAACAUUUAAAGGCUUGUGAGUACCUGGGACUUGAGUACUGCAAUUUUUAUUUUAAGGAAGUCACACUUGUAGCAAGGGAUAUUGGCGAGGACCGAAGCACAAAGCUCAAUAUGCAUUUGUACGAAAACGUAUACCAAAGUAACAAUUUCGUGGAUCACGAUCUCGACAUCACAUGGACUGUGGAAGGCGAACAUAGGUUUUUUCAGCUGCACAUGGACCACACAAAAGUCACUUUAGACUGCCAUCCAGUUUCUAUUUAUUUUGAAUGAUAUAAGUAAUCCUAAAUUAAUAAAUAAACUGCCAUUUCAGCUUUUUAGAAUGGUGAUAUAGUAUAAUAUUAUUAUAUUAAUUAAUAAUUUUCCAGGACAAUACCUGUUCUAUGGACAAAGAAAUAAUUUUUUUGUAUUUUUUAAAGUGGCUCUUAAACGGUUUUUUGACGUGAAGGUUACAGAAAACCACCUAAGAAAAUGACGGAAAAAACUGUCGCGUGCGACAUGUAGCGUGUGACUGUCACUUCGAUGCCAAUAAAAAAUUAACCGCUCAAUAUUUUGUAAUCAAAACAAAUACAUUUUAAAGAAGAAAGAACAAGGAACACCAUUAAAUUAACUGCAUUAAAACAUUCCUUCACGUUUCGUUACAAUCGAAAGUUAAGCAGGAAGUAAAAAACGUCACUUCUAUUGGUGUCGCGUGCGAAAGUCUUGGUUUUUUUUAUAUAUCUUAAAAACGAAAAAUGUCCCCAAGUCAGCCCUAGUACGUAUUUUAGUGCUAAUCAAGACCUUUAAUUUGAGCCUAGUGCCAAAAGAAAAGAAGUACUGGAAGAUGGUUUUUUCACCUGCAAAGCGUACGAACGUCGCGUGCGACAGCAGAGAAUUCAAUAUUCAAUAGAGAAUACUCACUUAAGUUUUCUCCUCCGCAUGUUCAAAAAACCCAAGUUCCGCUUUCUCGUUCGCAUGUUA